CCAACGGAACAGGAAGUGGGAAACUUUGGAUUCAGUAACAAUGAAGUAAUGACGCGAUCUGGGCACUUUGGAAACAGCUGGCUGGCUAGCGAGCUGGAUACUAAAGCCAGUUAUCUAAACUUUCUUCUUAAACAGAAAUACUGACAUCGAUACUAAACCAAGACGUAUACGAAACAUCCUGGAUGUGCUAAUGCCACCAUGGCAAGAAAAUUCACUUUUAUGUUAUAUGUUGUUUACAUGUUUUCACAGACGAACUCUCAAGAAGCAAUUUUGCACGUCUCACAUGGGUCUUCUGAGAAAGAGUAUUGCCUUGUUUACAAUUCAUCCUGGACUAAACUGUCAACGUCUCUUGGCAAUGCAGUAGAGUACCAGUUGGUAAACCUGACCUCGAGCUUUCUCUGCAGCGAAUCAGGCCUGGCCCCUGAUGCACUGAGGGGGAGGGCAGUGGUGGUGAUGAGGGGGGAGUGUGAUUUCAGUCGGAAAGCUCUGGUCGCCCAAGAUCUCGGAGCCUCUGCUGUCCUCAUUGCCAGUAAAACAGCCAUGCAAACUCCUUCAGGGAAUGAGACGGACUCUGAAAAAGUGACGAUUCCCCUGGCCCUCAUGAGAUACAGAGACAUUCUGGAUGUGUGGCAGGCGUUCCCCGAUGGCAUGGCUGUGAGUUUAUAUGCUCCUCCAGUGCCCGUGGUUGACGUCAGCCUCCUGGUCAUGUUGUUUCUUAGUGUCUUCACUGUGGCUAUGGGAGCCUACUGGAGUGGCGUCUCUGAAAGGGACCGGCUGAGUGGAGGCCAUGAUGCUGAGGGCUGUGAGGGGAAAGGCUCCGGCGGUGACUUGUCUCUUUACUCUCCUCUGAAAAUCAUCAUCUUCGUGGCCCUGAUGAGCACCAUGCUGGUCCUGAUGUACUUCUUCUACUCCUGGCUCGUGUAUGCCAUCAUUGCUGUGUUCUGUCUUGCCUCUGCUGUGGCCCUACACACCUGCCUGGAUGCCAUCAUGGAAAGGAUUGGUUGUCCAAGUGGAAGCUUCUCAUUCUAUGGAAAAGAUUUCUCAAUCCGGUCCCUGCUGCUGGCUGCAGUCAGUAUUGGUGUGGCUGUGGUGUGGGGGGUGUACAGGAACGAGGACAGGUGGAUCUGGAUUUUGCAGGAUCUCCUGGGUAUUGCAUUCUGCCUGCACUUCAUGAAGACCAUAACUGUGUCCAACUUUAAGAUCUGCGUCAUUCUCCUCAGCCUCCUGGUGCUGUACGAUGUCUUCUUUGUCUUCAUCACGCCUUUCUUUACACCAAACGGGGAGAGUAUAAUGGUUCAAGUCGCUCUCGGUCCAGGGUCUACCGGGACAAAGAGUGAUGACAACUUUGUGGAGGUGCCUGCUGAACCCACAGCUCCCCGUGAGAAACUGCCUGUGGUCAUGAGGGUGCCCAGGUUUUCAGCCUGGGCCCAGAACCUGUGUGCAAUGCAGUUCUCCAUUCUUGGCUAUGGAGACAUCAUUAUACCAGGUUUGCUGGUGGCCUACUGCCACAGGUUUGAUAUAUGGACCAGCAGCCCCAAGAAGAUCUAUUUUUUAUCCUGCACUGCAGCCUAUUUCCUUGGCUUGAUUGUGACGUUUGUGGUCAUGAUUAUGUCCAAGAUGGGCCAGCCUGCCCUGCUGUACCUGGUACCAUUCACUCUCCUCACCUGCGCCCUGGUCGCCUGGAGAAGGAAGGAAAUGAGACAUUUCUGGGCUGGUACUAAUUAUGAAGUGUUGGACUCUUCAAUGGAUCCUUUAUUACAAGGCGGAGGAUCAGGAUGUGACGGUGGAGGAAAAUGCUGACUUCCACAAGUGACCUAGGGUGGUGCCUUGUUGCACUUUUUACUUUGAGAAUUUUGGCACAGGCGCAAAUGAUGGUUGUCUUGUGUUAACAAUAGGGAAUGAAUCAGCAGGUGUAAUUGCCAGGGAUGAAAUGUGGUUUGGGGAUUUAAGGCCUGUCAUUUCAUCACUUGUUGGUCAUCAGAAUAAGCUAAAUAAUCCAUAGUGUAGACGAUGACUAAAGUAAAAAAAAGAAAAAAGAAAAAUGGUGUGUAACAGUUUACCUUACUAGUGAUAGGCUGGAUAAAAUCAAUUAGGUUACAGGGGGUUUGGGUCUCUUCAUUUUCCUUGUUACAUUUCCUUACAAAUGCAGAAUUCUGGUUAUCUUUUUGCUGUGGACGGCCGAUGAUUCCAGUCUCAACAUGUUUGGCAUCGGGCAAUUAAAACUGCCUAUUUCGAAGUGGUAGUAUUUACUGAUCACUGUGUUGCAAGUUUAAACGCACUUUUCUUUUAUUAAAUUGAUACUUUUGUGCA